AUGGAUGAGGAGGGGCUGUCCAACAAUGAAAGUUCUAAUGACGUGGUAGAUGAAGAAAACCUGGAGGAGGAAAGGGGCCUUUCCGAUGCUUCUUUUGGCCACCGGGAAGAGGAGGAGGGUGGCCUCCACGGGUGUAGCGGGGAGGGAGGCGAUGGUGAGGAAGGAGGCGAUUGUGAGGAUGGCUUGGAUGGAUGCGACUGCGACCAUGGCGUGGAUGGCGGUCUCGAUGUAGAAGACCUUGAAGGACAAGCAGCCGACGCGCCGGGCGAAGAAAAAGAUGCCGAGGGAGGUGGAAACGAAGAGGAGGAGGAAGAGGAGGAAGAAGAAGAGGAGGAGGAAGAAGAGGAGGAGGAGGAAGAGGAGGAAGAAGAGGAAGACGACGAUGAGGAUGACGAUGAUGAGGACGACGACGAUGAUGAUUAUGACGACGAUGAGUAUGACGAGGACGACUUCAACGAGGCCACGGUGUCCUGGAUCGAGUGGUUCUGCCAGCUGAAGCAGAACAUCUUCCUCGUGGAAGUGGACGAGGACUUCAUAAGGGACGAGUUCAACCUGAUCGGGCUCCAAACGAAGGUGCCCCAUUUUAAGAAGCUCCUGAAAAUCAUACUAGACGAAGACGACGAUGAUGACGACGACGACGAUGAGGAGGACGAUUAUGAUGAGGAAGACGACGAGAUAAAUAGAGGCUCCGACGAGCUAUACAAAAAUAAAGAUAUAUAUGAGCAAAAUGCUGCAUGUCUUUACGGGUUAAUACACAGCCGUUUCAUUUUAACCUCCAAAGGGCUGGCCCUGAUGAGGGAAAAGUACAAAUCUAGUAUCUAUGGUACUUGCCCAAGCAUAUAUUGCGAUAAUGCAAAGUUGUUACCCACUGCCAUUUCGGAAGUACCCAAGUUUUUAAGCCCCCUUUUGUAUUGCCCUCGUUGUUGUGAAAGUUUUUACCCGCAUAAAAAUUCGUUGCUUAAUCAGUUGGAUGGUUCCUACUUCGGCACCAGCUUCGCUUCCUUCUUUGCGCUUUCCUUUAACAUCCAGUCCGAUAAGAAGAGGAUUUAUUACACGCCUCAGAUUUGCGGCUUUACCAUUAACAGAGACAUACGGGAGACGUUGUACGUGGGCAUGAAUAAGGACAAUAGCGAGUCGUCUGAGGAGUAUUCGUAGUGGGGUUCCCACGCUGUGCAUGUACCUAUGCGAGGGGAGCGGUAGCGCGAAAGGAGAGGUUCCACGGGGGGGCAGUUCCUUCGGUGUGCCCACACACAUGUAUAACCGUAACCCGCAAAGUGUCCCAUGCCGGACGGCCCAUCGAAUUUUUUAAGUAACAGAAACGAGAGGGGUCCACCACCCCGUUGUGCAAUUGGUGAUCAUCCAGUGAGUCGUCUAUGCCAUGGAAGUUUCACCUAACCUGCUGUGCGAUCUCCCCCCCAUGCCUCCACCAGGACGAGUGACCCCAUUUGUAUCGUUCCUUGCCACUCAGUCGUGCACACGUGAUGAUACCCCUCUCGGGCACGCCAACUAUUGUACAAACGUGCAUUUUUUUUUUUUUUAAUUUAUAAAAAUGUUACCAGGGUUAUUUUAUUUUACCACAUUUAUUCUUUUUAUUUUAUUUAUUUAUUCUUUUUAUUUUAUUUAUUCUUUUUAUUUUUUACCACCCCCACGCACAUGCGCCUCUACAACGCAGCCACAGUGGGGUAUUUUUUUAUUUCCAUUCCUUUUUAAGUGCCCCAUUUAUUAAUGCGCACCUGUCCGCCGCUCGCCGGGCCCCUGUUGCGGAAUGCGCGCAGGUAGGGCCCUUUACACCCUCUGGUUUUGUGCGUGCUCACGUGGUUAGCGGCGAAGCGAGAUUUUUUGUAAUUCAUCCACCCGCGCUCUUCUCACUGCCAAACCUUCUGCCGAGCAAAGCGAACAAAAAACACGUUUGCAACUUUGAAAGGGUUUUAAAAGUUGUGUUGGAUGUGGAUUUUGCCAGCAGCGGGGCGGUGCAAAUGUGAAGCGGUUUGCCCACCUGUGAAAAAAGUGCCUUGCACAGAAAAGGGGGUACCCCUCCUCGGAGCUUAUCCAUUUGGGUGUAUGAACCAUCGAUGGGAGGUCACCCCGUUGGCCCUACACGUACGCGGGAUGACCUACCAGCAUGGUGAAUCCACCCAGGGGAAGUUUUCAAAACGGGAAAAAAAAAAAAAAUAAAAUAAAAAAAUAAAUGAAUAUGUGCACAUUCCGCUGACACGAAAGGGGCACUUCCCUACACUAGGACCACUCCCAAAUGAUGUGGUUCCCCUUGUUACACUUCUUUGCACCCCCUUCUGCUAAGCGGCCUCCAAAGGAAGUACGCACCAGAAGGGCAAUCGCAAUCGCAAUCCCAAUCGCAAUCCCAAUCGCAAUCGCAAUCCCAAUCGCAAUCACUUAGCCGCGCCUCUCUCCCGCUCCAGCCUCCUUCGCAGCUCCCUAAUCCGAACCGUCAAGGUGUGGUCAGGGCCGAACGUUUCCCGCGCAACAGCGUAGGAUCGAAUUAAGCAGGUGAUGGCAGAGUGGGGAUCGUUUAACCCUAAGUAGGAAAAGGAGAGGUUAUAAUAGCACAAGGCUAUCUGUUCGUUUUUGUUCAGCUCAAUAGGGGAAGAAAUUAACAACCUUAUGCAGUCCUCAAAAUAGCCAACAGAAAUUUCAAACUCUUUCUUAUGUUGGUACAACGAGCCGAGGUUAUUCAACGUAUCGAUGAUUAAAUAAUUUUCAUUUUUUAUUAUUAGCCUUUUAUUAGCUAGCGAUAAUUGCAAAAACUCUUCUGCCUUUUUUAAGUCCCCCAGAUCUUUAUGUACAACGCCUAAGUACGUCUGUAUGUUUGCACACAUGAUGCUUAAUUCUCCAAAAAUUUUUUUAUAAAUUUCGAAACUUUUUAAAUAGUGAUUUUUGGAGUCAUUCAGUAGCAAAUUUUUAUGUUCCAUAAUGGCUAGCUCUAAGUAGUGCUUGGCAAUGUCUUCCGAGCAGUAUGUACAUGAGAGCAGCUUUAACUUUAAACUCUCCUUCAGCAAUUCGAUUAGCUUUUCUGUGUCUUCG